AUGUCCAACGAAUAUCUCUUCGAAGAGCCACCAAGCUACUCGACCGGCUGGGACCAGGUCCGCGAUGCCGCGCUCCGAAGCCAGACGCGUGGUGAACCUUCCACGCCCACACAAUACUGCAACGUCAACUGCUCCGAGUUUGGCUGUCGUCCCUCUGCCACUCUCGAACGCGUGCAAACCGCCAUCAAGCGUGGCCACAGCAUCAGCGCGCACCCUGGUAUCGAUUUUGAAUUCACUCGCGGACGCGACAUAACCCCGGACGACGUCUACGCCGUUGCCUUGUGCCAGCUGGGUGCACUCAAGGGUGUCGUCGACGCCGAGGGAGGCAGGAUAAGCGCUGUCAAGCCCCACGGCCUGCUCUUCAUCCUCCUUCGCGACCGCGCCGAUCUCAUGCGCGCGUUUCUCAAGGCCCAGGUUGGCGUGCUUGGCCGUGACAUUCCCAUGUGUGGUCUCGCAUACUCGUACCACGAAGCGAUCGCUGCGGAAGUCGGUGUGCCGUUUAUCGGAGAAGUGACGGUAGAGGACGGCUCAAAGCCCCCAGCAUGGACCCCCACUGGAUCGCCUAACCGAUCGCGCUCGCAAUCUCCGGCCCCCAGUAAACCCAAGAACAGGGGACAGCAGACAUCCGACGCCCCCGUCAGUGGGUUCACUCGCUUCGCCAUGACAUGGCAGUACUACACCAUGACCCCGAUCCCCACAAUCCUGGCCAACCGCAAGGCCAACGCCGUUGCCGCAUCUACUACCCCGCGAGCCGCCCAGGCGGCGUGA